AACUAUAAAUAUCAAAGGAUUUUUAACCAUAAUAUACUCCUAUUUUAUCAAAUAUGAAAACCAAAUAUUUGAUCUCCAUGUUCUUUCAUUAUGCCCUCUUUAUGAUAUUUGUCGGGGCAAUUGAGUCGUUUAAAGAUGAGAAACAAUUUGGUGAAGCAAAAGAAUUUCAAAUUGAAACUGUGCUACUUUAUAGGAGACCAUGGAUAUAUUGGCGUGACGAUCCAGAAACACCUAAGGAGUAUAAAGGAGAAAACAAAGGUGAACAUGAGUCUAGUGGAGCAGGUGCACAAGAAGAGAGUGAACAAAAUGGAGUUGUAAAAGACAAAAGAAUUGAACUAGAUGGAGAACAUGAUAAUGAUAAUAAUAUAAAAGGACAAGGGGGGUUUAUCUACAAAAAGUAUUGAUCAUUUUUCCUAAAUAAAUAUUAUUUUCACCUACAUCCUUUGAUUCAGAUAUCUUUUAAUUGUAUCAUUUUUAUCCCAAAUAAACCAAUAUUAUAUCGUUUAAAAAUGUAUCUAUAA